AAAGAUCUAAUGAGCAGGCAGGCCUCACCAAAAUCAAGCAAUACUGAUAUCUGUAAAUAUUGUAACCAGCCAAUCAAUAAAAACAACACAAAGGAUUUGGUAGUUCUCAAAGAUAUCCCUGAAAAGGGUUCUUAUCCGACAGAUACAAAAUCUAAUAAUUCAUCAUCAGUGUCAUUAAAUUCUAGACGAUUCUGUGAAAAAUGUUCUAGACCGCUAGGUGAAGAACUAAAUUCAAAAUCUGUUCAACCCAUAAAUAGUAAGAAUCUAUGUGAAAAAUGUGCUGCAUCAUUAAAGAAGAGUGUUCAAGAAAAACCUUCAAAUCCCAUGAAAAGUACGAGUGUAUGUGCAAAAUGCUCGAAAUCAAUUACUGAAAUAUAUGACAAAGAUAAAAAAAAUACCAACAAUAAUGAGGAAUUAUGUCAAAAGUGCAAGCAACAAAUACAACAAACAAAAUCGUCUUUACCAUCAAAUCGCAAGCAUUUAUGUAAAAAAUGUUCUCAGCGUAUUGGUGAAUAUUCGAGUAAUACACCAUCACUAACAAAAAGCAAAAUGGCUGACAAGUGUGAAAAAUGCUCUCAACUGCUAAAUAAUAUUAGUGAAAAAUCUUUUGAAAAGCGUACGAAUAUUAGUCCAAGAAAACCAAAAUCAGCGUCUUCUGUUAACGAGAGCUUUGAAUCAGCCAAAUGUUGCAACGGAAUCGAGAUUGUAACGGAAUUGGGGCCAAAUCAAAGUUGCGUACCUAACAGUGAUACGUACAUUCAAAACGAUAACAUAGCUAAUACAUCAGAUAUCAAAUCGUCUAAUGAAAAUAUAAACAGUGCAUCGCGCAAGAAUGUAUGUGUUCCAUUAAAAGACGCAAUUUACAAAAACGCUGACUGUGUUGCAAAUAUGCAGGAUCACUUACUUAAAUCCAAUGAUCUGGGUGUUACUUCGUCUUUACAACCAGAUACAUGUGCAGAGUGCGAUGCUGAUGAUUCACAGGCAACUAAGACAAGUGCUAAAUAUGACAUAUUCAGCAGGAUUUUAGAUGUAUACAAGGCAUGCAGUUGUAAAAUAUGUAACUGCGUCACAUCCAAAGUUAACUCUUUUAAACAAGGAAGAAAAUACUGCGAAUGCAAACCGUGUCAGUGUGAAAGCUGCGAAUUAAUGAACGAAAAUAUAAAAGGAGCAGACGAAAAUAAAGACGCGUCUAACAAAACUACCACUUGCAAAUGCGAUCCAUGUGAGUGUAUUGUUUGUAAAAAUAAAAUUACCACCGAAACUGAAACGUGUGCAUGUAAACCUUGCAAAUGUGAAAAAUGCGUCCAUGGAAAUAAAAAUCAAAACUACACAGUCGGUCACACAGUACUCAUGGCUGUUGGAGAACAAAAUCAGAUGCAAAACCCGUGUAAAUGCGCCCCUUGUGAAUGUUUGAACUGCCAGAGCCGGCCAACUAUCGUGCAACCGGUGCUCAUGACUAACGAGAUGUCAACGUGUAUUGCUGUGCAUCCGAAUUGCCAUUGCGACUUGGCCACGUGUCCUCAAGCCACGUGUCUCCCGGACGACCAGCCGGCGUGUAGCUGCGUACGGGCUAGUCGGGUCAUGCAAAAGCCAACCACAGGACAUAACGACCGAGAGUUCGAUGUACACAUCGCUUCAGUGCCAACCCGUGAUAUCAACAACCACAGACUAAAUACUUUUAAAGAACUUCUUGCUGAGAAUGAAGAUUUUGAUCGAAACUAUCCUGAAAAAUCUGAAUACGGUCAAGUACGUUCGUUUGUAUACAACGGUCAUCAUAUAGACUCAAUUGUUGCGAAGCCUAGGAACAUCAAUAGAUUAGAGGAAUCAUAUUUCCCAAAUUUAAGAACCAAUUUUCAAGAUUAUAAUUUGCAAUACUUGAGGACUUUACCUCCUUCAAAACAGUACCUUACCAAUGAUAUAUUUGGCCAUGAGUAUCUCAAUUUCAAAGAAUCUUCAAACCCACGGCAUUCAAUGGUUCAAAGGCUUAGUUAUAAUAACAAACGACCUGAAAAACUCAUUAACCAUAAAUACAAUAAGAGAGACCUUACACCUAGAUAUUACUUAAAGAGACGUGACACUAUAAGAUCUAAUGACGCUAUAGUGAAUAGUAUGUUUGAAACUCGCCGUACUAUUAAUGGCGACAUGGAAUACGAAUCAUCGAAUAUUGUGAAGAGUUCUUUCAGCAGCCACACUUCAGAUCCCACAUCAUUAGAACCAACUUUAAAAACAUAUAGCUUAUUUGAUAUUAAUACAUGCCCACCGGCCGAGUCUUUGAUCGCAGAAUACGAAUUGUGUGAACCAGAAAUCAGCGAUAAGGUACUAACCAAGAAAUCGAUUGAUUCCACGAACAUUACACAAGAAUCCAUAGGUAAAACAGUACAAGAUACAACAAAUAUACAAGUUGAGCUCAGUGAUAAAUUUAACAAAACUGUUUGUGAAAUUAAAGCUUGUAAUGCGAGAUUGGAAAGCACAGUUAGAGAAGCAAAGUAUUUCACAGAAAUAAUGACUAGCAUGCUGAGAAAAUUUGAAAUACUGAACCAAGAAAUCCAAAAUAUAGCAAGUCAAUUAUUAUCAAAUAGAUAUCGAUGGUAAACAUGUAAUUUAGUUUAUAGUCACAGAAAAAUUGCUUAUCAACAAAACUUUCCGAUUACGUUAAUGAUUUUACUAACUCAUGAAACUUCACAUUCUGUUGAAAAAAUAAUAAAAAAGAACAUCACGUUUGUUUAACAUUUA